UUAAAAUAAACAUGAAUCUAAACAUGUUUUUAUUAGAAGCUUUUCAAUCACUUCCUCCCUUGUUUUACCCUACAUCUACUACUACUUCCACUAGCAACGCUGCCACAACAUCUACAAUAAAUAUUUCUUCAUCUGCUUCAACAGAACAACAACAACUCCCUUCUACUUUAAAUGAUGCUACAUCAGCUUUAUUUCAACAAUAUUUAAAUUCUUUAAAUUAUAUUAAUAGUGGGGAAGAAGGGGUAAAAACUGAAGCAAAAAUUGACACUCACAAAAUUGAGUUGAAGCAAGAAGAAAUUAAGGAAGAAGGAAAAAAUUAGCA